GUGGUUCUCCAGCUCCACUGUCUCGGGGAACAAGAAGAUGGAAGAUCCUGUUGUGGUCAGCUGAUCACAGCGCUGAUCACAGAGGAGCCGCCGUGCUGAAGAAAUGAGAUGAGAUGCUGGUCCAAGUCUUCUCCUCCUCCUAGUGUCCAUUUGCCCACACAGUUAAAAUUAACUUCCACAAACACGUCAGGGAACACCACCAAAAUGGAAAACCUCCCAUUGCUGGAAUGAGAAUAUGGAGUUCAGAAGAAGCCCCAGCCCUCAGCAAACAUCGUCCAGUACUCAUGUUAACACACAUGAGCAGGACGGCGCAGGACGGAGGAGAACACAUCCCUGCGCGGAGUGUGGAAAGGAAUUCAGAGAGAGAUGUAACCUCCGAAUACACCAGCGCAUCCACACCGGAGAGAAGCCAUAUCAGUGCUCUGAGUGCGGGAAGAGCUUCAAUCAGCGGAGCAGCCUCCAACGGCAUGAGCGCGUUCACACCGGAGAGAAGCCGUAUUGCUGCUCGGAGUGCGGGAACAGUUUCAACGAGCUGAAUCAUCUACGACGGCACCAGCGCAUCCACACAGGAGAGAAGCCGUAUCAGUGCUCCGACUGCGGGAAGAGAUUUAACUUACUGAAUCAUCUCCAACGACACCAGCUCAUUCACAAAGGAGAGAAGCCAUAUUCCUGCUCCGAGUGCGGGAAGAGCUUCACUCAGCUGCCCCAUCUCCAGCGACACCAGCGCACCCACACCGGAGAGAAGCCGUAUCAGUGCUCAGAGUGUGGGAAGAGCUUCAAUCUCCAGAGUCACCUACAAACGCACCAGUUCAUCCACACCGGAGAGAAGCCGUAUUACUGCUCCGAAACGCCGCCCUGCUCGGUGUGUGGGAAGAGAUUUUCCCAGCAGAAUUAUCUUCAAAGGCACCAGCGCCUUCACACCGGAGAGAAGCCGUAUCAGUGCUCCGAGUGCGGGAAGAGCUUUAGGGAGCAGUGCCACCUCAGAACACACCAGCGCAUCCACACCGGAGAGAAACCGUAUCAGUGCUCGGAGUGCGGCAAGAGCUUUAAUCAGUGGAACGGCCUCCAGCGACACCAGCGCAUUCACACCGGAGAGAAACCGUUUCAGUGCUCCGAGUGUGGAAAGAGCUUCAACGCGCUGAAUCAUCUCCGACGACACCAGCUGAUCCACACCGGAGAGAAAAGGCACCACUGCUCAGACUGCGGGAAGAGGUUUACGCUACUGACUCAUCUCCAACGGCACCAGCGCACCCACACCGGAGAGAGACCGUAUCGGUGCUCGGAGUGCGGGCGGAGCUUCAAUCUCCAGAGUCACCUCCUAACACACCAGCGCAUUCACACCGGAGAGAAACCGUAUUACUGCUCAGAGUGUGGGCGGAGCUUCAGACACCUGAGCUCUUUACAAAGACACCUGUGCAUUCAGAGAGAGGAAGGAGCUCAGCACACCAGCUAUCCUGAUUAUUCUGUAAAUAAUUCUGCGGAGUGUGGCUGGGGAAUUUGUCCAGAGCCUGAGGAACCGGAGGAGCCCACCUCACGGUUCCGCAGAACUCCUGGAGAAGUAGGAGCUGCUCUGCUGAAGAAGCCGUCCUGUCCCCAGUGCUCCCCUGUUGGUGUCUAUUGGCCCACACGGUUUAAAAUUUUACCUCCACAAAUAUAUCAGGAAAUGCCGCCGAGAGGAAUUCCCAAAUGUGAGAAUAUGGAAUCCAGAAGAACCUGUGGAACUCGGCAAACGUCCCCUGAGGCUCUCCAUGCCAGCACAUCUCGCGGUCGAAGGAAACAAGGUACCAAACAGAAGAGAGCUUACCUCUGCUCAGAGUGCGGGAGGAGCUUCAAUCAUCGAGGCCACCUGAAACAGCACCAGCGCAUUCACACUGGAGAGAAACCGUUUCAGUGCUCGGAAUGUGGGAGGAGCUUCAAUCAUCCGAGCAGCCUCCAAACGCACCAGCGCGUUCACACCGGAGAGAAACCGUAUCAGUGCUCGGAGUGCGGCAACAGUUUUAACAGUCAGAAUAAUCUCCAACGACACCAGCGCAUCCACACCGGAGAGAAACCGCACGACUGCUCGGAGUGCGGGAAGAGCUUCACCCAGCGAGCUCAUCUGAAACAGCACCAGCGCACCCACACCGGAGAGAAACCCUAUCGGUGCUCGGAGUGCGGCAAGAGCUUCACCCAGAACAGUAAUCUGCGGACACACCUGCGCAUCCACACCGGAGAAAAGCCGUACGACUGCGCAGAGUGCGGACACAGUUUCGGUGACCGGUGCGCCCUCCAGAGACACCAGCAGAUCCACACCGGAGAGAAACCGUACUACUGCUCAGAGUGCGGCCGCAGCUUCAGACAUUCAAGCACUUUGAAGACACACAAGUGUGUCUCGUGGUGUUUGGUAAGAACAGAAUCUACACACACUCAAGAGUGUGGACAAAGAAAUGAACGCCGUCCUCUUCUCAGUGGUCUCCUGCUCCAGGUGUCCAUUUGUCUACACGGUUUGAAUUUACCUCCACAUCAAGGAACACCACCAAGAGGAAUUCCUACAUGUGAGCACAUGGAAUCCAUAAGAACCUCCAGCCCUCAGCAAAUCUCCCCCGGGACUCUCCAUGCCAACGCGUCUCGCAGCCGAAUGCCAACAGGUACCGGGAGGAGGAGGAUUCACCACUGCUCAGAGUGCGGGAAGAGUUUUAGAGACACUUGUACCCUCAAAACGCACCAGCGCGUUCACACGGGGGAGAAACCGUAUCACUGCUCAGAGUGUGGAAAGAGUUUUGCUCAGCGAGGUCACCUGCAACAACACCAGCGCAUUCACACCGGAGAGAAACCGUAUCAGUGCUCGGCGUGCGGGAGGAGCUUCAAUCAUCCGAGUAGUCUCCAGAUGCACGAGCGCAUUCACACCGGGGAGAAACCGUACGACUGCCCGGAGUGCGGGAGCAGUUUUAAUAAUCAGAAUAGUCUCCAACGACACCAGCGCAUCCACACCGGAGAGAAACCGUACGAGUGCUCGGAGUGCGGGAAGAGGUUUAGAACCAAAGGUACUCUCCAAACACACCAGCGCAUCCACACCGGAGAGAAGCCGUAUUUCUGCUCGGAGUGCGGGAAGAGCUUUAAUCAGAACAGUAACCUGCGGACGCACCAGCGCAUCCACACCGGAGAAAAGCCGUACGACUGCGCAGAGUGCGGACACAGUUUCGGUGACCGGUGCGCCCUCCAGAGACACCAGCAGAUCCACACCGGAGAGAAACCGUACUACUGCUCAGAGUGCGGCCGCAGCUUCAGGCAUAUGAGUUCUUUAAAGACACACAAGUGCGUUAAGAUCACUGAGGGUGAUUUUCAAACCAGUGACUUUCAUAUUUAUUACUUUGCCUUAAAUUUACCUCUACUCAUGUCUGGAAACGCCACCAAGAUGGACCAACUCCCACUGCUAAAAAACAAACCAGGAGGACCUGAACACGAGAACCUGGAGUCUGGAGGAACCUCCAAUACUGAGGAUGCGCCCUCUGGUACUCCAGACACUGACGCGUCUUGCAGUCAAACGAAAAAAAGCGCCAGAAAGAAGAGAACUCACCAGUGCUCACAGUGUGAGAAGAGUUUUACUCACCGUCGUAACCUGCAGCUACACCAGCACGUUCACACUGGAGAGAAACCGUAUCGGUGCUCAGAGUGCGGCAAGAGCUUCACUCAGCGGGCUAACCUGCAACUGCACCAGCACAUCCACACCGGAGAGAAACCGUACCAGUGCUCUGAGUGCGGGAAGAGCUUCAGCUAUCCAAAAAGUCUCCAGAUACAUCAGCGCACCCACACAGGAGAGAAACCAUUUCCCUGCUUAGAGUGCGGCAAGAGGUUUGGUGAACAGAGUCAUCUCCGAAGACACCAGAGCAUCCACACGGGGGAAAAGCCGUACCAGUGCUCAGAGUGCGGGAAGAGCUUCCGGAACAGAGGAACCCUCCAGACACACCGCCGCACUCACACCGGAGAGAAACCGUAUCAGUGCUCGGAGUGCGGGAAGAGCUUUAAUCAGAUCAGUAAUCUCCGGACACACCAGCGCACCCACACGGGAGAGAAGCCGUACGACUGCUCAGAGUGUGGGAUCAGCUUCGGUGACCGAUGCACUCUCUUAAGACACCAGCAGAUCCACACCGGAGAGAAGCCGUAUUACUGCUCCGAGUGCGGGUGGAGCUUCAGACAUUCCAGCACUUUGAAGAAACACAAGUGCAUCAAGAUCACUCGUGGUGUUUAUCAAAACAGUGAUUAUCAUUGUUUUUACUUUUAGGUUAACCUGCAUUUUCGCUGUUUAAAUAUCAGUCUUUAGGUUACUAACGUUGUGAGAAACAGAUGUUGAGGGCUGGUUUGUAUGGAGUCCCACUGGUGACAUCCUGUAUAAAUAAAAGUAAUUCAAGGCCACGCCUUAUUAACGUGUGGGAACAAGUUCCUAAUGCAUGGCAACGACUUAUGGGAAUGAGAUCACUACUUACCAAGUCGUGGCCAUGCAAUAGGAUCUCGUUCCCAUGCUCUACCAAGUCAUGGCCAAGCUUUAUUUGUAUUUAUACAGGAGGUCACCAGUGGGAUCCAGAACAUGGAAUGGAGUGAUAAUAAUAAUAAUAAUAAUAAUAAUAAUAAUAAUAAUAAUAAUAAUAAUUAGUUUCUCUCCUUUCCAAAGCUCAGAGUUGCUGUGCUGAGCAUUAAAAACAGCCAAUUAUUAAUGCAAGAAUAUCGUAAUAGAAAAUAAAAGGUUUCAAAAAAUAUAUGCAGAAUCAAGCCAAUAAUGUUCCACUUUAGCUCCGAAUAGUAGUUUUACUGCCCUGUGAUGGGCUGGCGACCUGUCCAGAGUUUAUCCUGCCUUCCGCCCAAUGACAGCUGGGUUGUUGGAGCCUCUCCCCCGUGACCCUGAGGGAGAAGCAGCUUAGAAAAUGUGUGUGGUGGUUUUAUUUUUAAAAAAUAGUGGCUCAACUGUCUAAGCGCUGGUCCAGUCAUCAGGAGGUCGUGAGUUCGAUCCCUGGUGAUGCUACAGUUGUCCGUGGUCAGGAGUCCGAGAGCACAGUUGUCCUCGUUCUCUCUGGGUGGGCAUCAUUCACUCAGGUGUCGGUUAGCUGGUGUAACAGAUCUGGCGGUUGGCGCUCUCCUCCGAGUGUGUUCAGCUGUACAAUGAAGCUGCGUUAGUGGCAGUUUGAGAAGAUGUGGUGGAAGCCUGUGUUUGCCUUCACCCUCCUAGAGCUGGGGGUAUCGUGUGACUGGGGAAGUCCUAGCACGUGGGUGGAAUUGGACACGACUAAACUGGGGAGAAAACUGGAACAAGUGGUGGCCUGAAGCUUCCUCAGACAUCUUGAGGGGGCACUGUAGGAGAAGGAAGUGUCUGCCAAUCAAAUCAAUAAGCAUCUGUUUAGCUGAGGGUUGGCAUUUCCUCGUUCAUUGUGUAAAAGACUCUUAUUUUCAAGUAGGUGGACAGAUUUGGUGGGAAGAUAGUCAGGGUUGUAUUGAACCACCAACUUCCAAGGCAUCAUACGGAAUACUAAGGCUGGACCAGCAGUUUAGGUGAGUGUUUCCAGAUGCUGGUGCUGAAGGUUUGUCGUUUCUCGCUUUAAGACUCACUGAAGCUCAUUGGUUGGAUCAGGUGUGUUGGGAACAGAGAUAACACUAAAUCUGCAAGGUGGUGGGCGUCCAGUGGCAGGUGGGGAAACCCUAAUCUGGGCAUUCUCCUCAAACACUGGGAGCAGUGGAGAGAGAAACUGGGCUCCAAGACGGGAUGGAAUCAGCCAUAAACUCUGUUUGCGAUGGGUUUGUUUAUAUUUCAAUGUUUCUUAUUUAGUUUUUUUUUUUAAGUCAUGUUUUCCAGACUAAAUGUACAAAAACAAAAUGCUUAUUGUGGGGUAUUUAUUCCAUUUUCCUAUAAGGGUGGUGCAUUUACCCCCCAAAUAUGUUUUUGUAAAGCAAUGAUUACAUUUUUUACUAGCAUUAGCUGAACGAAUCGUUUAAGCUUGGCAGACCAAACUAAAUUAUAAACCAUAUGCUGUAUUAUAAUCUGUGUACAUCUGUUUUUGUUGGAUUGCAGUUACUAACUAAUUGUUUAAUGUUUAAUAUACGCUUCACUCCUAAAACUGAGAUAAUUAAACUGGAUUCCUCCCUUGAACCUUAAAA